AUGCAUUUCACUCAGUCUCUCCUUUCCGCCUUGAGUAUCAGCACUGUCUAUGCCGCAGCCAAUACAACCGGUUCUCAAACCCAUAUAGUACGCGUCGGCCAAGCCAACAAUAGCACUGCACUUAGAUAUUUCCCCGACAACAUUUCCGCCAAAGUAGGCGAUACAAUCCAAUUCCAAUUUGCAGCCGGAAACCACACCGUUACCCAAUCUACCUUCGACGCACCCUGCGUUCCUAUUAGCCAAAGCACAAAUAACAUAGGUGUUUACAGUGGCUUUAUGAAUGUAGCCGCUGGGUUAAAUAGUACAGGUAUGGUACCAGUAUUCAGCAUGCCGGUUAAAGUCGCCACACCUUUGUGGUUUUAUUGUAGUCAGGGAAAGCAUUGUCAAAAUGGAAUGGUUUUGGUGGUCAACGAGAACACGGCAGCAAACUCAACCCGCUCUCUCGCGAACUUCGCAGCACUAGCAGCAAAAGCCACAAAAAAUAUCGCCCCGACAUCCAACGGUACUUCAUCUACUUCAUCAUCCACUUCUUCCACUUCCAACUCGGGCUCGGCGGGAUCGUCGGGAUCGUCGGGAUCAACGGGUUCUUCCUCUGGCUCUUCAUCCGGCUCUUCAGGCUCAGAUUCUUCAUCCACAGCAACAACACUCUCUCCAGCCUCAGGUACAUCUUCUAGUAGUAGCGGAGACUCAUCCGUAGCUGUAGCUGCAUCCGGAACCGCUACUACCAGCACGAGUCUUACAGCCGCUACUGCAAAUGCAGGAAAUAGAUUUGGAGUACAGAAUGCGAUGGGAUAUGUGGGUGCACUAGGAGCUGGUGUAAUGGUAUUGUUGUGA